UACUGGCCCAUUAACGUUGGCGAAAAGAAUCGAAGACAAAUCGGGGAGAGAGAGAAGGAGGAGAGAAAAGAGAGGUUUAGAGAAGGAGAGGGGGUGGUAGCUAUGAAUCCAUUGACGCUGGUGAAACGAAUCCAAAACAUAAACUCAAAAGAAGCUGCGUUAGGGAUUUCAGAGGAAGCAUCAUGGCAUGCUAAGUACAAAGACUCUGCUUAUGUCUUUGUGGGUGGCAUUCCUUUCGAUCUCACUGAAGGCGAUCUCCUCGCUGUCUUUGCUCAAUACGGGGAGGUAGUUGAUGCUAAUCUAGUAAGAGACAAGGGUACUGGUAAAUCAAAAGGUUUUGCAUUUAUUGCAUACGAGGAUCAGAGAAGUACAAAUCUUGCUGUAGAUAAUCUAAAUGGAGCUCAGGUUCUUGGCCGAAUUAUAAGGGUUGACCACGUUACUAAGUACAAGAAGAAAGAAGAAGAAGAUGAAGAGACAGCGCAGCAGAAGAGGGAGGCCCGGGGGGUUUGUCAUGCGUUCCAGAGAGGUGAAUGUAAUCGUGGAGCUGGGUGCAGAUUUUCCCAUGAUGAGCAUAGAGCUGCAAACACAGGCUGGGGUGCUCAAGAUAAAAGUUCUAGAUGGGGACAUGAAAUGUUUGAUGGUCCUAAGAAGAGUGAGGAAAGAUCUAGCUAUAACAUGCCCUCAGAGAGCCACCCUAAACAAAAUGAUAGGAGGGAGGAAAAGAGAUCAAGAUGGCAUGAUGAUAAUGAGAUUGUGCAGAAGCCAAGAGAAGAUUAUAACAGAAGGGAAGACAAGAAAUUAAGAAGGCUCGAAGAUGAUGCAUUUGUGCCAAAUCCAAGAGAAGAUGAUUAUAAGAGAGAUGAAAAUAGAUUGAAAAGGCACAAGGAUAUUGUACCUGAACCGAAGUUGAGAGGAGAUAAUUAUAGAAAGGAGGAAAAAAUAUCAAGGAGGCAUGAUCGUGAUGAAUUUGAACCCAGGUCAAGAGAAGAUGAUGAUAAGAGGGAAGAAAGGAGAUCAAGAAGGAAUGAAACAGAGUCCUAUUUCAGAGAAGAGCAAGAUAAGAGACGAGGGGACAAAUUGUCUGCACAUGGGAGGGAUUCUCCCUCCAAUCGUCAUCGAGAAAGAGGAAGAGGUGAUCACAGGCGUAAAGCAGAGAGAUAAUGCUCACAUCACUAGAUAUGCUCACUUUGCCAGUACGCAACCAGGUGAUUCUUAUCAUGGUUUCUGAUAGUGACAAUGGCUUUUGUUUUGGGAACUGGGGUUGAUCCCAGACUUUGUAUUGUGAAACUUUGCAUCAAAGUCUGCAUAGUUGCAGCUUGACAGAGCAGAGUGUCUGAUGAUAUGUUUUUUCAAAAGGGAUGGAUUUGUAGAACAGUUUGACGUCAUUUAGGAAGAGGCAAUCUCACAUCUAUAUAAUACGUGGAAUGUUAAUUGCAA